AUGAGACUUCAGAAACCAACGUUAUGCGCGCCAGUCCCUUGGCAUCGGGCCGUUGGUCAACUGGCACGCCGUGAUAUGUCCAUCGUGCAACCGCCGCCACAUUUUAUGCAAUUCGCACAAACCCAGGCUCCACCCCUUAAUUUAGAUGACAUCGAUCUGCAAGGAGGACGACUUAUUGAUGUGGUUGAGGAAGAAGAAAUAGACGCAACGGACGGAUGCCGCGUUCAAGUGAUCACCUAUAGGAUUGAGUCCGAAGAUGGGACCGAACAGCUGACGAAGACAAUUCGAAGAAAGAUAAAAUUCGACUGCAUGCAAACAUCACGACGUCUGGAAUUAUCAAACGGGAAGGAGGCUAAGGUUGAGGAGAAAUGUGAGCGAUAUCAAGGUGACAUUAAAGGAUUCCGACCGGUGGAAAUCACUCAGAAUAAUCAAAAGUUGCAACUGGAUCCGAAUGAUGCACAGGAUGUCGCCAUCUCCAAUGUUCUUGGACAAGUUCCCGAUACAUUUAUGAAUAUGCUAUCAAAGGAAAAAGAUACGCUCGUGAAAAUGUUCCCCGAUCUUUUCGCCCAUAUGCGCUCACAAUCCACAUUAAUACCGGCAUCGACAACUGAAGUGAUUACGAAUCCGGAUGGAAGUACCACCACAAGGGUUAGAAGCAGUAAAAGUUACAGCUCACACUUCUCGAAACAUGAAACGUACAUAAAUGGAGUGAAGCAGAUGUCGAAAAGCUCCUUCAAAGCAUUUGUUGAGUACAAGGGCCCAGAAGGAGGUUUUCGUGUUAAACUGGCCGAUAACGCUGACGAUCUUUCCGAAGAGGAAACGGAGGAUGAUGACCACACUAGUCGGUGUUAUUCGGAGAUCACAGACAGUGAAAGUGACAUACAACCGUACGGAGCGGCACAAACGAAACAACAAGCCGAGACGAAGAAGCGAUAUGAUAAGGCUUGGUUUGCUGCCAAAGAACUUGUGGAUAGUGAACAGAGAUAUGUGGAUAAGUUACGACUAUUGGAUGAGUUAUUCCGACAAAAAGUGGUGAAAGAGGCUGCUAUUGACAAGGACAAACAACAGAAACUUUUCGCCAAUGUUGCCAGCUUACACCAAUUCCAUAACACUCACUUCCUUCCACAGUUGAUGGAAGCAAGUCGAGAUUGGCAUACAACAAAGAGGAUAGCAAAUGUGGUUCGAAAACAGGCUCCCUUCCUAAAAAUGUACUCCGAAUACACAAACAACUACGACAGAGCCACAAAAGUCUUUGAAGAAAUGAAGAAGAAGAAAAGAUUUGCGGAUAUUGUUCGCGAAAUUGAGAAACUUCCGGAAUGCGAAGGUCUCCCACUCAGUCACCACCUGAUUUGUCCUGUCCAGAGAGUCAUGCGCUACCAGUUACUUCUUCAGGAGUACAAGAAACAUUUAGUGGAAACCGACGCAGACUACGAAGACACCGCCGCCGCUCUUCAACUGGUACUCCAAGCUGCUUCUCACGCCAAUGAAAUGAUGAAAAAACUGGAUGGCUUCGGUAAAGUAAUUGAGGUCCAAGAACAGCUUGGAAACUCCAUUUCACUUGUGUCUCCCGGAAGAGAAUUGCUGAAGACGGGAACUUUACAGAAAAUUUCCUCCACAACUGAAAAGACAGAGGAAAGAGUGAUUUUCUUGUUCAACGAUCUUAUUCUUCUUGCAUGUGAAAGGAAAAUGAUUGGGCUGUAUAAAUAUCGGCUGCGAGCCGUGUUCCAUGCGUGUCAUACACAGAUAUGCGAGGGAGACAAUCUGGAACGUGAACAUUCAUUUUAUGUGCGGGGAUCGGAUGGGAAUGGUCCGUCAAGAUGUGUGGAGCUGUAUACAGACACUCAAAAGGACAAAAACGAUUGGGUGGAGAGCAUGUGUGCCGUAAUAGAUGACUGUAGAGCAAAUUCGGCCACAUUCGGUGCAAGCGUUAAAUCUGCUUGCGAGACCAACAACAACCAUAGCGAAAGCCGAAAUUGUGCCGACUGCGACACGGAAUUUAGCCUCUUCUAUCGAGGAGUGAAAUGUGCAAAAUGCAAACGGAAGUUGUGUAAGAAAUGUUUCGGUCGCUAUCGAACUGAAAGCAAAAACAACAGGAUUUGCGAGGCUUGUGUGAAGAAUAUGGGUUUCGAGAACAUUCGUCGCUCAGCGUCCGCUCAAUCGAACGUCAGACAAAAUGUCUUAGCGGUGCCAGCGCAAGGAAAAGGAAUCCUGCACGCAAGUAGAGUGAAGUUCCGUGGUUCACUUGGAAAGACAUUCGAGCGGUAUUUUGUGGUUCGCAACGAUUUCUGUCUUUAUUCCUACAAUACGUGUGAUGAUGACUGCGCCCUCGCAAUGUUACCGUUACCUGGCUGUGAAGUGAAGUUGUGCGGUGAACGAUUCACCUUCUCACUUCGUGUUGGAUCUCGUCGAAUGUAUACGGUAACCGUAGAAGAUGAACAAAGUCAAAUACGAUGGAUGGCCGUGUUGGAUUUGGCCGCAAAUGCACAACUUCAACAAAACCCGGACAACUGA